AUGCUGAAUGAACAAAGCAAAGAGACAUGGAAGUUGAAACCGAGGGCCGGGGCGGCCAAGUCAUUGAUGUAUGUGGUUGUUAUGAUCUUGUUUUUGACGAGUUUUUGGAACAAGAGUGGUAACUUGUGGUCUAGGUUCUUUAUGAAGUCCAGUCCCAUUAACUACCAACGCAUCGUCGUUGAGGAUGCGCUGCAAACAGCUACAGCAGAUGAGCUAGCGGCAUUAGGAUUGAGUCGGGAUUCGCCUGUCAAGAUUCUGCAUCUUCCAAACGGAAAGUCAAAGACUUUGCAUGGAAGAUUCCUUCACAUUACAGAUAUCCAUCCAGACCCAUUAUACGAGGUGGGUUCGUCAGCAUCGGAAAUGUGCCACAGAGGCAAGCCCGACAGAAAGAACGAUUUUGCCACCAAGUUUGGCGUGGCAAUGAAUGGCUGCGAUAGCUCCAUGGAGCUCAUGGAACAUACUCUGAAAUGGAUUUACGACAACUUGAGGGACGAGAUUGACUUUGUGGUAUGGACGGGCGACAAUAUAAGACACGAUAACGAUCGGAAAAAUCCCAGAACUGAAUCACAGAUAUUCGAUUUGAAUGCCCAAAUGGCUCAAAAGUUCGAAAAAAUGUUCAGAAAUCCCAACAGCAUAGACCCUCGCAACUUUGACGUAGAUGUGGUGCCUAGUUUGGGUAACAAUGAUGUAUUCCCCCACAACCUUUUUUCAUUAGGCCCAACUCUGCAAACGCGGGAGAUCUACAAUAUGUGGGGGAACUUCAUUCCUCAAGAGCAACAGAGGGCUUUCGCUAGAGGAACCUCUUUUUUUGUUGAGGUGAUUCCUGGGAAGUUGGCAAUUUUAUCCAUUCAAACCUUGUACCUCUAUAAGGCCAACCCUCUUGUUGAUACAUGUGACUCCAAGAAAGAGCCAGGUUAUCAGCUUUUAUUGUGGUUGGGCUAUGUUUUAGAGGAAUUACGGAGUCGAAACAUGAAGGUCUGGCUUACUGGUCAUGUUCCGCCCUUAGAGAAGAACUACGAUGGAAAUUGCUUCCAUAAAUUCACUCUUUGGACUAACGAGUACCGUGAUAUCAUAAUUGGCGGCUUAUAUGGGCACAUGAAUAUGGACCAUUUUGUUCCUGUCGAUCGCAAGAGGUCUUGGAAGGCCGUUACAGGGUCUAAAAAAGCGAGCGGGAAAGCGUUAGUUGGUGACACGGCAGAUGAUUCUCUGGGCGUAUUGGAUAGUGCUGUUGAAGCUAGUGGUUUACGCAUAAUGGGUGCAAAACCCGUGAACAAGGAAGCAUACAUGAAUACCGUUCGUGAAAUGUACUAUAAAAAAAUAGCCUCAAGAUUAGGCGUACGGAUGAACAAGAAAGGCAAAAAAGGUAGAACAGACAGAAAAAGUGGAAAUGGUGACCGUUACAGUAUCGUCAACGUUGCUGGGUCAGUUAUUCCAACUUUCAAUCCUGCUUUUAGAGUGUGGGAAUACAAUAUUAGCGGAUUGGAUGUUGAAUAUCAAAGCAAAGAUUUUCAAAGUCAAGGAUGGGGAGCAUUUUUUGAAGAGCUAGAAAUCAAGAUGGAGCGCGACUUACAGGAAGAUAAUAUUUUCUCAGGUUGGAGGCGAACAUUUAGUGAUAGCCGAAGAACCGACAAAACGAUACCUCGGAAGAUGCCCUCUGAUUUAGCUCUGGGACCUGCCUACACUCCACAACUCUUUUCGCCUACUCGGUUCAUCCAAUAUUACGCAGAUCUUGCAAGCAUUGAGAAGAAAUAUAAAAAGGCACUGAAAAACGGUUUAGGGGAGGAAGAGGCAGCAGUGGAAGCCUUCAGUUACGGGAUAGAAUAUUGUUCGGAUGACCAGCCAUACGCAAUGAAAUCCUUAUUGACCAAAGACUAUAUUGACUUGGCUGUGAAAUUAGCAGAUAAUGAUAAGCUGUGGGAAAAGUUUACCGAAAGGGCAUUCAUUUCCACAGAUUACACAGAUUAG